AUGAUGCUUUCGCGAUGCCGCGCCGCCCUUCAGGUCUCGAUUUGCAACGGAUCAAUCUUCGCCAUCCAAAAUGUGCGCUGGAUGGGUCGUGGUCCUACCAUACAGGGCAGAAAGAAUGCUGUGGAUGCGAAACGCACAACCGCGAACGCCAAUUUAGCGCGAGAGAUUAUGAUAAUUUCUAAAACUGUGGGAGGUGACACAAGCAACGUGCGACUCUCGGCCGUGAUCAAUAAGGCAAAGGCGGCAAACAUGCCGAAAGACAAGAUUGAGGCGGCCAUUAAGCGUGGUGUUGACGGCAAAGACGAUAGCAACGCGGAGUAUGUGUUGUAUGAGGCCUCUGGUCCAGCUGGGAGUGCUUUAUUGAUUGAGACGCUGACGAAUAAUAAACACCGAACAGCUCCAGCACUGCGUCAUAUUCUAAGCAAAUACAAUGGUGCGCUUGGGAUGAAUGGAUCAGUCGCCUGGAUGUUUGAGCGCAAGGGCUACCUUGAGAUCGAACUAAAUUCUGGUGGCGAUAUCAAACCAGAGAUUGACGAGGACACACUCAUAGAGAUUGCAUUAAAGGCAGGUGCUGAGGAUGUGGUGACGAGUGACGACGGUCUAGCUCAAGUAACGUGUGAUUGCAAUGAUUUGGCUGCUGUUCGCAAGAGUUUUGCAGAGAUGGGACUCGAGAUAGUCAAUUCCAAGCUUAUUUACAAUGCGAAGGAGUAUUUGAACUUGGAAAGUGAGCAGCGUGAGAUUUUCGACAAACUUAUAGAUGCACUUUUUGAGGACAACGAUAUCAACCAGAUUCAUCACAACGUAAGUGAAUAA